AUCUUUUGUCAUGACAAAUAACGUCAAUUUGUCAACUAUUUUCAUGAUCACUAUUAGAAUUUUUCAAUGAUUUGUUUUAUAAUAUUUAGCUCAAUUAAUUGUUAAAAGUAUGCCCAAGAUCUUUGUUAUAAUUAAAUAGCUGCAACAAAAAAGUGGAUCGCAAUGGACGAAACGAAGAUGUCCAAGGAGUCCACUGUAAUGAAAGUUGAAGAUGGGUGCGAAGGCGGCUCUGCUCCUGGGCAGGCGAGACGGGAUCUCGAAGAGGAGUUUAACAUGCAGAGGGCUAAAAUGAAAGAGUUAUUCUUGCAGAAAGAAGAGGACCUACGUCAGUUGAUGCUAGAGAAGCAACAGCUUGACUCUGAGGUGCUGGGCCUGAGGGCUGAGCUCCAGCAGUUGCAGAUAUUGAGCGAAAACCAGAAGUCGGAGAUUCAGAACUUGCAGCUACUUGUCAGUGAGACGGUGGAGGCGUCGUCGUCGGGCACGGAGGAGGUGCGGCGUCUGCAGGCGCGGAACAUCGAGCUGGAGCAGCAGCUCGCUCAGCUGCGACAGCAGCAGCAGGAGCUGUCGCUGGCGCCGGCCACGUUCGUGCGCUCGCUGGCGCGCAAGCUGGGCGCCGACAGCGACGCCGAGCUGCCCAACGUCAAGAAGUGCGAAGACAACGAGCUGCUGCGCUCCAUCAUCCAGCCGCUGGAGAUGGAGAUCGCGGCGCUUAAGAACAAACUGCGGGAGAACGACGCGCAGCUGCAGGAGGCGCUGAAAGCUAAAGCGAACUCGACCAGCACGAACAGUAGCGCCGGGGACGCGAAGACAGACUCCGAGCGCGCCGGCUGCGACAUGUGCGCCAACUACGAGCGGCAGCUCGUGGCCGAGCAGGCGCGCGCCGACGCCGCACGCGAGCGCGCGCACACGCACCAGCACGCACUCGCGCUCGCGACGGAGGAGCUGGAGGGCGUCCGCUCCGUGCACGACGAGACCAUCCGCAGCUGGCAGGCCGAGCGAGCCAGCGGCGCCGCGCGCCUGGCCGAGCUGGCCGACGCGCUGCGGGACGCGCGGGACGAGCUGGCGGCGCGCGCGCGGGACGCCGACGGCGCCUCGCAGCGCGCGCUGCAGCACGUCACCACGCUCACCGUGCAGCGCGAGACGCUGCAGCGCAAGCUGGACAGCCUGGAGCGCGACAACGCCAUGCUGAUCGGCCAGUACACGAAGAAGGCUCUGGAGAUGCAAAACGAGAUAAUAAACUUACCGGACAAUGUUGCGGAGCUGCAGGAGCAGUGCCUGCAGCUGCGCGAGCAGCUCAUCGUGUGCGAGACGGGGCGCGAGCGCGCGGUGGAGGCCGAGCAGGACCUGCGCGCGCAGCUGCUGCAGCACGCCGGCCUGCUGCACCGCAGGGAGGACGAGCUGCUGCAGCGGGACACGCAGCUCCGGCAGGCGCAAGAGGAGUUGGACCGGUUGCAGACUGAACGCGAGCAGAUGAAGGAACUGGCGGACAAGCUGCGACACUCCAACGACAUGAUCGAGCAGUUACUAGAGGAUAAGAAACGACUGCAGACGGAAGUGAGCGAGGUGCGGCAACGCGUGGGAGUGCUGCAGCAGGAGCUGGACAACAGCGAAAAGGUGCAGCAGGACUUCGUGCGGCUCUCGCAAUCGCUACAGGUGCAACUACAGCGCAUCCGCGAGGAGGACACGGAGGUGCGAUGGCAGCACGACGAGGACGUCAGCGAGUGUCCCGCCUGUCACACCUCACUACCGACUGUCAAGAAAAAGGUGCACUGCCGGCACUGCGGGCGCAUCUACUGCGGCGCGUGCGUGUCGCACAGCGUGCCGAGCGGGCCGCGCGGGCUGCCGGCGCGCGUGUGCUCCGUGUGCCGCACGCUGCUGCAGCCGCACGCCGCGCCCUACUUCAGCACGCGGCCCCCCCACUCGCCCGACUAGCGCCCGACGCGUCGGACGCUCUCGCUCGUUGACCGGUGCCCCUCCAUUAAAUUUCGUAAGGAGCUGCGUAGGAGGCCGUCGAUACGGAGAAAUACACUUUUAUUUUUUAUUCUUUAGCGAGUAUACGGCGACUCAAACGAGGACACUUUGCAGAACCCCACGCUUAAAGUUUGAGCUGAAUCGUUUCCGAUCUGGAAAUUUAAAUCAAAGUAAACCGCUCCCUUUGUAUCUGAAAUAAACAAAUUGUAAUUAAUGAUGGGAUUCGAGAUAUAUUCGGUAAUAGUGUAACAUUGAUUUCGGAAACGACUCGCUUACAAGUAGCUUAAUGUAUUAGAAAGAUUAUUUCAUUUUUGUAUAGUUUAGUGUAAUGUGAAGUGACCAUCGAUACGAGGCCCGCAUCGAUCCUCUUCCGCUCGGCUCGUUUCGGAACUAACUACUCUAACCUUUCGUUUUCGUAUUGAUGGCUACUUUCUAUAUUACAUUAAUCUCAUUGAAAUAUUGUAAAUAACUUAUCACAUAGUCCUUUAGUGUAGUUAGUAUGAAUUUUGAAAGGUUUAACUUUGAUAAAGGCGCUGCAGUUCGACGCUGUUGCAUUUCAAACGUCUUUACGUUGUUACGUUUUAUGUAUUAAGGAAUUGGCGCAAUAGACCCUGGGGUCAAGUGAUAAAUAAAAAGUGCUAAUGAACAUAUACAAUACGUUACGGGGGAAACUCGACGGUUCCAUAUUAUGCGGAAUUUUAUUGAGUAUAUAUUCGAAAAUAAUUAUUCAAAAACUUUAUUUACAUGUCACGGUGAUGUAUGAAGAACUGAACGCAAAACAAGACAUUUUAUAACCACUAUUGUCAGACAAGUUAUAAUUCUUGUAGUCGGUAUAAGACUUUGCUUAAACACGUACACACAUUUGCAAAAAUCGGCUGAGGCGGUUAUAUGUAGAACAUACCUACUGAUAUCAACUAUCAGAUUGAACUCCAUUUUUAGAAACGCUUUUCAAAUCUCACUAGUUUUAUAUUUAUCUGAAUUGUUAAUUGUCGAUGGCAACCUGUGGCACAAUAGGCACCAAUGAGCGUGCAGUAUUUACUCUUUAAUUAAUCCGACGUUGAUCAACGUUUCAGAAAAUGGUGGUGAGUGUACGGUAAUCACUUAAAUGUCACGAUAAUCCGCAUAAUGUGCUGUUACUUGAGUGUUAUGUUAAAUAAAUGUAGUUAAAAUAUUGUAAGAUAGAUAUUUUAUUGUAAAUAAAGAGCUCGAUAUUGAA